UAGGUCAGAUUGCACACAUCAAAAGUGUCCUUUUUUCUUUAAACAUCAUUCAAUUUGAAAAAAGGUCACAUGUCCGUCCAAUUCCAUAAAUAGAACUCACACUUCACUUCCCACGACCACAUCAGUUCACAUCUUUAUCAAUUCUUUUACUUUCAUUCUCUUUAUAUAUUCUCUCUACGCUAUAAUAUAUAUUACACAGAAUAUACAUGGAACCGUCCAUCAAAGGAGAUCAAGAAAUGUUAAAAAUCAAGAAACAAGGUCAUCAAGAUCUUGAGUUGGGGUUGACCCUUUUGUCACGUGGAACCGCGACCUCAUCAGAGCUCAAUCUCAUCGAUUCUUUCAAAACCAGCUCAUCAUCGACUUCUCAUCAUCAGCACCAGCAAGAACAAUUGGCAGAUCCGAGAGUGUUCUCGUGUAAUUAUUGUCAAAGAAAGUUCUAUAGUUCACAAGCGCUAGGCGGUCACCAAAACGCUCAUAAACGUGAGCGCACCUUAGCCAAACGUGGACAGUAUUACAAGAUGACUCUCUCCUCCUUGCCUUCUUCAGCGUUUGCGUUUGGCCACGGUUCAGUCAGCAGAUUCGCAAGCAUGGCAUCGUUACCAUUACAUGGCUCGGUGAAUAACAGGUCAACGUUAGGGAUUCAAGCUCAUUCAACGAUCCAUAAGCCCAGCUUCUUAGGAAGACAAACGACGAGUUUAAGUCAUGUUUUCAAACAGAGCAUUCACCAGAAACCGACCAUAGGAAAGAUGUUGCCGGAGAAAUUUCACCUUGAAGUCGCCGGAAAUAAUAACAGUAACAUGGUUGCUGCUAAGUUGGAGAGAAUUGGACAUUUCAAGAGCAACCAAGAAGAUCAUAAUCAGUUUAAGAAAAUUGACUUGACUCUUAAGCUAUGAGCUCUGCCAUCUUCUUUUUAGUCUUCAUUAUAACUUUUUUUAUUCUCAUCUUUGUUUGAUAUAAUGAUUGACGGCAGGGUGUGUUAGAGUUUCACUAAUGAUCAAGUUGUACUUUUUAUAUAUUUCAUUGAUACCUUGUUGAUGUAAUUCAAUAUUUUAGGUCUGUUUUUA